GCCGUCCUUGGCCAGCUCUCCCGCUAUCUCUCUCAGAAUGACCUUCUUGAUCCAAAUCAGUCAGGUUUCAAGACUAGUCAUUCAACUGAGACUGCUCUUCUCUGUAUCACGGAGGCGCUCCGCACUGCUAAAGCUAACUCUCUCUCCUCUGCUCUCAUCCUUCUAGACCUAUCGGCUGCCUUCGAUACUGUGAACCAUCAGAUCCUCCUCUCCACUCUCUCCGAGUUGGGCAUCUCCGGCGCGGCCCACGCUUGGAUUGCGUCCUACCUGACAGGUGGCGAAUCGCAUCUCUGCAUGUCUGGCAGACAUAUCAGUGUGGAUGACGGAUCACCACCUCAAGCUGAACCUCGGCAAGACGGAGCUGCUCUUCCUCCCGGGGAAGGACUGCCCGUUCCAUGAUCUCGCCAUCACGGUUGACAACUCCAUUGUGUCCUCCUCCCAGAGCGCUAAGAACCUUGGCGUGAUCCUGGACAACACCCUGUCGUUCUCAACUAACAUCAAGGCGGUGGCCCGUUCCUGUAGGUUCAUGCUCUACAACAUCCGCAGAGUACGACCCUGCCUCACACAGGAAGCGGCGCAAGUCCUAAUCCAGGCACUUGUCAUCUCCCGUCUGGAUUACUGCAACUCGCUGUUGGCUGGGCUCCCUGCCUGUGCCAUUAAACCCCUACAACUCAUCCAGAACGCCGCAGCCCGUCUGGUGUUCAACCUUCCCAAGUUCUCUCACGUCACCCCGCUCCUCCGCUCUCUCCACUGGCUUCCAGUUGAAGCUCGCAUCCGCUACAAGACCAUGGUGCUUGCCUACGGAGCUGUGAGGGGAACGGCACCUCAGUACCUCCAGGCUCUGAUCAGGCCCUACACCCAAACAAGGGCACUGCGUUCAUCCACCUCUGGCCUGCUCGCCUCCCUACCACUGAGGAAGUACAGUUCCCGCUCAGCCCAGUCAAAACUGUUCGCUGCUCUGGCCCCCCAAUGGUGGAACAAACUCCCUCACGACGCCAGGACAGCGGAGUCAAUCACCACCUUCCGGAGACACCUGAAACCCCACCUCUUUAAGGAAUACCUAGGAUAGGAUAAAGUAAUCAUUCU